CUGUACAGCUGGAGUUAUUCUGUUAGAAACAUUCGUGCUUUUCUGUGAGUGACACGGUUGUAGCCUAGAGCUCGGUGACUAGCAACACUGGAUUCCUGUGCUCAGCCAGCGAAGCUGCAGUUCAACUGCAAUGGAGCCUGUCAUCAGGAUUACAUGCUUUGUGUUUUGCUUUACACUCCUAAUACCAACAAAUCCCCUUUACAUCUCUAAAGACAAAGAUUCACUUAUGCAGAAGCUAGAAGAAUACAACAUUGUAACACCAAUCAGUACGGAUUUAAAGGGGAAUUUUUUGUCUCAUGAAGUGUCAAGAGGGCACAGGGCUCGAUUUCCAAGGAAUGCUGAAGAUGCCAAUUAUGAAUCCAGUGAUAAGAUCUAUUAUAAUGUUACUAUUUUUGGCAAAGAGUUUCAUCUAAGGUUAAAGCUGAAUGCUAAACUAAUUGCACCUGGAGCUACAAUAGAGUGGGAGGAAGAUUCCAUUGUGUUUCCAAUAGAACAUCAUCAUAAAAACUGCCUGUAUGUUGGAGAUAUAACAGAUCUGGCCAAUGCCUCUGUUGCCAUUAGCAACUGUGAUGGACUGGCUGGUAUGAUUCGUACAGACAAGGAGGAAUUUUUCAUAGAGCCACUAGAAAAAGACAACAAAGAAGAGAGUGGAAGAUCGCAUAUUGUGUAUCGCCGAUCAGCUGUUAUAAAAUCCUUUCCAAGUCAGAAUGCUGACACACACCAUAAUGCCGACGUGAGCGUGAAGGAGCGGUACGUCACUGCCGUCGUGACAGAGACGGAUCAAGGUGACGGCGCUGGAGUGGGAGGAGCCAGAUCGCCUCGAGCGGAGACAACCAAGAACCCUUACCUGUUUGAAGAAUAA